AUGUUCCGACCUGAAAAAUAUCCACGGUCAGGGAAUGUGAGAGACUUGAGCUCUGGACUGAGACCUGUUUUUAUCAAUGAAACACCAUUAUUUCAUACAAUAUUAAAGUGCACAAACAGUAAAAGGAUUAGGGAAGAUCUCCAGUUACCGAAUGUAAUUAAAAUUAUAGUUGAUAUAGACGAGUAUGUCUAUCCUACAAGUAGAGCACAACAACAACAAGAACUUGUCUACGAGUGUCAUUAUGAGUAUAUUCCUGAUAGAUAUGUGUUAAUUUCUGAUUAUAUUUUGCGUCAAAUAUUUAAUAAAACUGAGGCUGAAUGUAACCAAAUUUGUAACGUCGAGGGCCCAAGCUGCACGUUUCUAUAUGAAGGUAGUUUUGGUGUAUGUUCUCUGUUCACAACACCAAUCAUCUACGUAUCCAUGGAUACCAAUCUUACUGAGUGUGAAGAGAAAUGCAAUGAGAAGACUGGCUGUCUUACCAUGAGCAGUUGGGGACCCGGAUUAGACCGAUGUUAUUUAUUCAAUGUAAAUUACAGUGAGAUUCCUGAAGAAAAUCGGGCAAAUUUUACUGGUGAUACCAUCAGUAUGAAAAUGUGUAUAUAG